GCCGAGCCCAGCGCAGAAGGCCACGGCGCGCUGCCUGUGCUGCACGGCGGCGGGGGGCCGUGUCUCUGUUCUCCUUUAUUCCCGCCGAGGGUCUUCGAUUGAUUCUCCCGCCCUCGUAGGCCGCCCCAGGCUCGUUCGCUUUUCCCACAAGCGUGACCCCUGCGCGAUCCCGUCCCAGGUCCGCCGAAGGGGGCGCGCCGGCGGCGCCGCCGUGACCGAUGGCUCCCCCCCCUUUCCUCCUCCCCCUCCCUUUCCUGGGCGCCUCAGUCUCCCGGCUCCUGCCGCGGCUCUCCGGACCGGGGUCCGCCGCCGCCGCCAUGUCUACCGCCAAGACCCUCAAAUCCGUGGACUACGAGGUGUUCGGCAGAGUGCAGGGUGUCUGCUUCAGAAUGUACACAGAAGAUGAAGCUAAGAAGGUGGGAGUUGUUGGCUGGGUUAAAAAUACCAGCCAAGGAACGGUAAAAGGCCAAGUUCAAGGUCCUGAAGAUAAAGUCAACUCCAUAUUAUGGGAACUACUAAGGAACUAUCAGCAAUGUGUAUAUUAAUCAAAAUGGUGAGUUAUCCUAAGCUUUCUCAAGAGACUUGUAAGAUCAAGGACGAGUAAAGUAAUAUUUUUGUCAUACUCUGUCCUGGAUCUGUAGUACUACUGUUUUUUUUUUUCAGCACAACAUUUAGUAAAGACAUGAGCAUACUGAAAUGCAUUGUAAGAAUGCAAGGAUACGCAUACCAGGUUGAUAAGAAAUCAUCAACAAACAUUUUUUAAACUUCUACUGUCAGUCAAUUAGCAUUUAUUAAGCAUCUGCUCUGUGGCAGACACUGUGCUGAAUGCUGGCGACAUGAAAACAAGUAAAAAAUAGUCCCUGCUCAGAAGGAAUUCACAGUUUAAUGAGGGAGACAAUGUGUAAACAAUUAUGUUCAAAUGCGAUAUAUAUACAGGAUAAAUUGGAGGUAGUCUCAGAAGGAGGGCACAAUGAAUAAGAAAUAUUGGGAAAGGCAAGAAGUAGGAUUCAGUCUGAGAUUUGGAGGACCGCAGGACAGCUAACAGGCAGAGAUUAAGAAAAGUAUUACAGGCCUGGGGGAAUAUCUUGGGAAAAUGCUGCCAGGAGAUGAAGUUUCCUUUGUAAAGAAUACAGGUGGCCAGAGUUAUGAGAUUUCAGCUUAUGUGGAGAGGAAUAAGCUAUUAGAACAUUGGAAAGGAUCAGGUUAUGAAGGAAUUAAAUUUGUCUUGGAGGUAAUAGAUAGUGAUUGGAGAUUAUUGAAUAAAGGGUGGGUUACAUUGGGAGGAUCACAAUAAUAAUUGAGUGGAGAGAGACUUGAAGCUGGGGGACCAACCCUAAGUCUACCCCAGUAUCUAGGCAUGAGGUUAGGAAAAGGUGGGAAGUUGGGGAUAGGGGAAUAAUGAGUUCAGUUUGGGAAUUUCAAAGGCCUAUGGGACAACCAGUUUGAAAGGUCUGGUCCCCAAUUGGAGAUAAAAGAUUGGAAGAAGUCCUGACAUAGAAGGAUUGAUUAAUGUAACAAGAAAUAUUUAACCUGUAGGAAGACAGACAUAUAAUAGGAAAUAAAUGUUUAAGUUAGAGGAUAUCCAAAGGAGGGCGAUCAGGAUGAGUGAAGGAUCUUGAGAUCAUGAUGUAUGAAAACUGUUUGAAGGAAAUAGGGAUGUUUAUCCUGAAGAAUCCCUCUGAAGAGGGAGAAUGUGAUAACCACCUUCAAGUAUUUUUAAGAUAGUCAUGUAGAAAUGGGACUAGAUUUAUCUGCUUGAUCUCAAAGUGCAGAAGUAGGGAUGAAUGAAAGUUGCAUAGAAACAGAUUUAGGUUUAUAAGGGGAAAAACUUUCUAACAGAGUUCUUCAUAAGUAUAACUGAAUACCUUGUAGGUGGUUCUUCCUGAAAGGGGUAUUUCAGACAGAAAUUAGAGGUUUAUUUAUUGAAGAUUUUGUGGAAGAGAUUCUUCUUUAGGACUUCCAAGACCCCUUUCAGCUAAAAGAUUCUAUAACCUUUUUUGAAAAGAAAAAUUUCAUCUGUGUAUUUUAAUAUUCUCAUUCCCAUAUAAUCUUUGUAUAGCUAAUAUUCAAAGUUGUUGGGAUAAUAAAAAGUGAAUUUAAAAAUAUACAAGUAACUACCAAGUACUUUUGAUUUAUGACAAAACUAGACUAUAUCUUUAUUAAAAAAUUUUCAUAACAUUAUUCUAUUAUUAGGGUAAUAAAUAAAUAAUAAACAAUACUUCAUUAUUGGAGUAUUGUUUAUGUAUCUACCUGACAAAAUCACUGUUCUAGUUUUUGGAUCUUUAAUUUUCUACUUCUGUGUGUAUAUUCAGUGUUAAACAAUUUAUAGAGACCUCAACACUAUAUUGUAGAAUGCUAUCUAAUAUCAAUGUGGAAUUUUUGAAAUCUUAUCUUUGUUGCAAAACAAUUUUUUCAGGACCUCACACAUGUUUAUUGACCAUAUCUUUUUGGUUGUUGUCCCUUGAGUUAUCUCCACACUCUACCAGCUCGUCAGCAUUUUGUUCUGCUUUUCCUUUGGCCCCACACAGAUUCAGUUAUAAAUUUUUCCAAUACACUUUUCUCCUUGUUUUAUAUCUCCAAGUGAAAUGUGUUUACUUCACAUUGUUCUUUGUUUACAAAAAGCUGCUAUAAUUCAAGUACAGUUCUAUCAAUAUUCUGAAUUUUUCCCAUUCUACUUCUGACUCACCCCAAACGUUGUAUUUAUUCUUUGAAUUUCUUAUUUUCUAUUUUGUCUCAAUCCCAAUCCAUAUUCCAUACUUUAAAAAAGUUUUAAUGAUAAAAAAAUCAUUAUCAUGACUGAUGAAGAUUUGUAACUUAAAAUUUUCACUGUAUUUUGAUCUUCAUAUUACUUUUAUUAAUUUGGCAUAUAACCUCAGAGUUGGUCUUUUUCAAGACAGGAAAUAAAUUUUGUCCAGAGCAGCAGGAGACAACAGAUAUAAUUUGGUUUACUCCAAAUGUCUCUGAUGUAGAGGGACAAACUGAAAUCAUUAUUGGAUUAAUGAUUGACUUCACUGAGCAGAAAAUGUGCUGAUAAGAAUUCAUUUUUGAGUUUUAAGGAAAAAAGAGAUAUUUUUCAAAGCACAAUAUCAGGUUACAGCACUGAUGAACAAAAACUCUCAGAUCUGCAGUAGGCAUUUAGAAGUAUUCUACAUCAUAAAUAAACCAAAUUUUAGAAUAUGAAUCAUUUGCCAGAAAAGAAUAUAUACCUGUUGUGUGUGUGUGUGUGUACAUAGGUAUGCAGAUUUAUUUACAAACAUAACAGCAUACCUAGUUUUUUUCUUAACUUUGAAUUUCAACUUUCUUUUGAAGUAAUAACAAACGCAGUCUUUUGCUUUUUUUUUUCCCUUGGCAAGCUUACCCAUUUUCUAGCUGUGGUAUUUUUGUGCAGAUGUAUUUCAUCAAUUCUUAAGAAUGAAGUUAGGAAUGUUUGUUGGCUUUCAGGUUAGCACCACCCAGAA